AGAGGCUGAACCACGCCAAGGCGUGUGUGGUCUGGGCUCUGGCCGCGGCAGGCAUUAUGCUGCUUGAAGUAUUCCUGGUUCUGGGAACAGUUGUCAUCUAUUUCUUACUAUCUAGGAAAGAAGAAGCAACGUUGUUACCCCUCAAAGAGGGAUGGUGGGGCAAGGGACAAAAGCCUGACACUGAAGAAGAUAAAACUAUUCGACCAUUUAAGGUGGAAACUACAGAAGAAGAGCUGAGCGACUUAUUUAGGAGACUUGACCAGGCUCGAUUCACUGAGCCACUGGAGAACAGUCGCUUCCAUUAUGGUACUAACUCCAAGUACCUCAGGAAGGUUGUCUCCUACUGGAAAAACCAAUUCAACUGGAAGAAACAAGUUGAAGUGCUCAACAAGUACCCACAAUUCAAAACUAAGAUUCAAGGCAUUGAUGUCCAUUUUGUUCACGUGAAGCCUCCUUGCCUGCCUGAAGGCCAAUCUGCAAAGCCACUGUUAAUGGUUCAUGGCUGGCCUGGCUCCUUCUACGAGUUCUACAAAAUUAUUCCUCUCCUGACGGAUCCUGCAAGCCAUGGCCUCAGCGGUGAACACGUUUUUGAAGUAAUUUGCCCAUCUAUUCCUGGUUAUGGUUUCUCAGAAGCACCCCACAAGAAAGGCUUUGACUCUGUAAGCGCUGCUUCUGUGUUCUAUGAAUUGAUGCUCAGAUUGGGAUUCAAUGAGUUCUAUGCACAAGGUGGUGAUGCUGGCUGGCUCAUCUGCACCAACCUGGCCCAGAUAGCUCCCAGCCAGGUGAAAGGUCUCCAUUUAAAUCUAGCCUUGGUUACAAAGAUGGGAGUCAUUCACCUGCUCUCCGUUCUGCUGGGCCGCUAUCUUCCAGGGCUCUUCGGCUUCCAGGAUGAAGAUGUCAAGAGGAUGUUUCCCUUCUUGCAGAAAGGGCUCUACAAGAGCUUGGUGGAGUCUGGCUACGCUCACAUACAGGCUACAAAGCCUGACACUGUUGGCUGUGGUUUGAAUGACUCCCCUGUAGGACUGGCUGCAUACAUCUUGGAAAAGUUUUCUACCUGGACUGAUCCGGAAUUCCGUGAUUUAGAGGAUGGAGGAUUAGAGAGGAAGUUCAGCCUGGAUGAUCUGCUCACCAAUAUCAUGAUCUACUGGGUGUCAGGCUGCAUGGUCUCCUCAAUGCGUUUCUACAAAGAAGCUCUGCAGAAUGGGCUGGGCACACAGAAACAUGACAAGCUGACAGUACAAGUACCUACUGGCAUUGCCUCCUUCCCUAAUGAAAUCAUGCACACACCCCAGGCUUGGGCCCAGAAGAAAUACAUCAACAUAGUCUCCUUCCAUUUCAUGCCUCGAGGUGGCCACUUUGCAGCUUUGGAGGAACCUGAACUUCUUGCUGAAGAUAUUCUACAAUUUGUUGGGAAAGUAGAGAAAGAGCAACUUUGGAGAAAGAAAGGAGAAUAACUCUCCUAACAAACUCAGGGUAAAUGCUUUGAGCUUAGCACAGGUACAGACCUUACUAGUCUUCUGUAAUCCAUGUAAGUAGUUUAUUCCUGACUAAAGGUGAGAGAGGACAGCAAGAAAAAUGCAGCCUGUCUUACUGAGAUGCUGCCAUGGGGACCUACUGGCUUGGGGUUGCUUUUCCUUUUGUUCAGCUGGACUACGAAAGUAUCAAGAGUAUUGCUUGAUUAUCUUGUUCCCCCAAGCACAGACUUCAAGUCUGCUCUCUCUUUUCCUGAUUCUUGCUUUGAAAUUGAAAAAUAGACCUUACAACUGUUAACACUGCUAAUAACACAACUAAUAACAGUUUAAUUGCCAUGAAAGGCUGCUUUUUUCACAGCAGCAGUGAAACUCGAGUUGGUGUAGGUGUGAGGUUCCUCACACAAAGGAUGGGGAACAACCUAGCAAGACCUAACUUGCAUGAGCAUGUUGAUUAAUGAGCAUGGAUGAUCUACAUACAGCAGCUUGAAACUAGCCAGCUGGCUACUGCUGGCUGCCUUCCUUUUGCAGCCUAGACUUUUAAGCAGCACCCUGGCUGUGAGGAGGAAGCUCAGCUCCCAGAAGAGCAGCACAUGAGAAGCAGCUGAAACACACAGGUGUCUGCAGCUUGGACCAGAAGGGAGGGGUGGGGUGUAGGAGCAAUUUUAGCCCAAGCUACCUCUGCACUGAAUUUGUACUCAGCUAAAAAUCAUAGCCCUGGACAGGGUCAAGACACUGCAGCUUUGCACUGUUAGAAAUACCUCUUACUAAACAAUAGAAAUGUCACUAAUUCAAAAUUAAAAGAACCUUGCAUUAAGAUUUUGAGUAAUACCUGUGUGCUGCUUUUAAUAUCUGAGAUUUUGCUUGGUGACAGUAAAGAGAA